AUGGCGGGCACAGUCAACAAACCCAAGAAGCCCAAGUCCAAGAGAGGCACAACUCGUCUUCGCCACAAGAUUGAAAAGGCAUCGGCGGCCAAGCAGAGAAAAGACCGGAAACUAGCCAAGAAGAACCCAGAAUGGCGUUCCAAGCUGAAGAAGGACCCCGGCAUCCCCAACCUCUUCCCAUAUAAAGAAAAGCUGUUGCAAGAGAUUGAAGAGAAGCGUAUGCGCAAGGCAGCCGAGGCCGAGAAGAGGAGGGAACUGGCCAAAGCGGCCAAGACGGGCGCUCUUGAAGAGAAGGACGAGCAAGAAAUGGACGAGGCCUAUGCCGAUGCCGAUGCCGAUGCCGAUGGAGAUGUCGCCGAGCAAACGGGCGACGACGACCUCAUGGACGAGGACGUGGACGAGUCCAACCCCAUGGCGGCAUUGCUGGCAAGCGCAAGAGCUGCGGCAGCUCAGUACGACAAGGAGCUGGCCGAUGGCGACAGCAUGGAUGACGACGACGAGAGCCAUGAUUCCGACAAUGGCAAUGGCGGCGGCAACGAGAUUUCGGUCGGUCAGGCAUCGUCGCGCAAGACGUACGACAAAGUCUUCAAGCAGGUGGUGGAGCAGGCCGACGUGGUGCUGUACGUGCUGGAGGCCCGAGACCCCGAGGGCACCCGAUCCAGGGAGGUGGAGCGAAGCAUCAUGGCUGCUGCCUCUGGUGGCAAGCGGCUCAUUCUCGUGCUCAACAAGGUCGACUUGAUACCCCCCAAGGUCCUGCGCGGCUGGCUUGCGCACCUGCGACGUUAUUUCCCGACCCUGCCGCUCCGCGCGUCGGGCGCUGCGCCCAACGCCCACGUCUUCAACCACCGCGACCUGACGACGCAGAGCACGUCGGCAGCCCUGUUCAGGGCGCUCAAGAGCUACGCCGCCAGCCGCCAGCUGAAGCGGGCCGUGUCCGUCGGCGUCAUCGGCUACCCCAACGUGGGCAAGAGCUCCGUCAUCAACGCUCUGCUCAGCAGGAUGAGCGGCAGAGGCGGCGGCUCAUCCAAGGCCUGCCCCGCCGGCGCCGAGGCCGGUGUCACCACGAGCAUCCGCAGCGUCAAGAUUGACAGCAAGCUGACGCUGCUCGACUCGCCCGGCGUCGUGUUCCCUUCUUCCUCCUCGUCCACCCAGUCCGCCGGCGGGCUCGUCAACCUGAAGAACGCCACCGAGGCGCACGCGCACCUCAUCCUCCUCAACGCCGUGCCCCCGAAGCAGAUCGACGAUCCCGUCCCCGCAGUCGGCCUGCUCAUCCGCCGGCUGUCCUCGUCACCCGAGCUGAUGCAGAAGCUCACCGCCGUCUACGACGUUCCGGCCCUGCUCCCCAACCGACUCGACGGGGACGUCACGACGGAUUUCCUCGUGCAGGUCGCCCGCAAGCGCGGCCGUCUCGGCAGAGGCGGCGUCCCCAACAUCAACGCCGCCGCCAUGACGGUGGUGACGGAUUGGCGCGACGGCCGCAUCCAAGGCUGGGUGGAGCCUCCCGCCCUGGUGGUAACCGACGCGACAGAUGGCCCUGCGGGGAGCAAGGCCAAGGACGCGGGCGAGCAUGACGUGGCCCCCGAUCACAAGGAGAUUGUCUCGGAAUGGGCCGCUGAAUUCAAGCUCGAGGGCCUGUGGGGUGACGCCGAUGCCGCCGGUUCUGGGGGGGGAGAAGCCAUGGAGGAGUAA